AUGGCCAAUCGGGCUGGUGAAAUAUUACAAGUAGAUCCUAUGAAGCUACGAUUCUUUACUCGGCACCGAAACUAUAAUCCGGAACCCAUUUGUCGGAUUGAUACGUUGGCAGACAUGAUGGAGCGACCGUUCAACGACUGGACAAGCCACAGGAUAUUUUGUUCUAAGCUUCCAGACAUGCCCAUCUGUCAGGUUGAAUCGAGACGCUGGAUGAACAUCACCUCGCCUGGGGCUCACAACUCGGAUGAGGUACGAUAUCCUAUCCGACCAACUUCCAAGACUGGUCAGAAUCUCAGAAACCCCAUGUCAGAAAUCAAAUCUUUCCACGAUCGGGAGCCCGAAUUCAGAAACAACAGUUGGAAGUUUUGA